CCUUACGUACGUCGUACGGUACACAUUGGAAGGUGUGGGCCGGGCAGGAAAGAUAGGGAGGUGGGUUAUGUUUUUUUUGUUAAGAUAGAUUUGAUAAAUUAAAUAGUAAGAAAUAAUGGGUCCACCAAUUUAUUAGAUUGCCACGUGACGAUCUAGGAGCGUUUGUAGGUGUGGGCCGGGCAGGAAAGAUAGGGAGGUGGGUUAUGUUUUUUUUGUUAAGAUAGAUUUGAUAAAUUAAAUAGUAAGAAAUAAUGGGUCCACCAAUUUAUUAGAUUGCCACGUGACGAUUUAGGAGCGUUUGUAGGAAUCCCAUGUGGCGUCUUGAGAGCGUUUGUAGGAAGUUUAAUGGACUUUUAGUAUAUAAUAGAUAGAUAGAUAGAUAUGUCUACUUUGUACUAAGGUAAUUUUUACCUUUGUGUCACUUCGGAUAACCCAAACUUUUAUAUAUAUCCACAUCUAGCUUAGACUAAGUCAAAAUCUAACCUGCAUAAUUAAUUUUAGGGGUUCAUCAGUCGGCGUAAUAUUAUGAUCUACAUAUAACUUUUAUGAGUUUUAUGAGUUAAAGCCUUUUGGCCUUGAAGCAUGUAACUAACUAAAAUUUACUCCCUCUGUCUAAAAGUAUAGGGGAUUUUGCCCCCUAGCUAUGCCCACAAAUAUAGGCCUGGUUUAGUUCCUAACUUUUUCAAACUUCCAACUUUUUCAUUACAUCAAAACUUUCCUACAUACAUAAACUUUCAACUUUUUUCUUCAAACUUUCAAUUUUAGUCAAACUUUUAAUUUUGGCGUGGAACUAAACACACCCAUAGUGGAUUUGUCUCCUCCCAAAGCAAUCAGGACUGCCAGCCACCCAUCAAUCAAUUGCUGAAAAGGUCUGAUAUUACUACUACUACUUCAUUCUUCCUCCGUCCAAAAAAACCAACUUAGUACUGGAUGUGACACAUCCUAGUGCUACAUACAUUUGUUCAGAUUCGUUUUACUAGAAUAUGUCACAUCCAGUAAAUUUCUUUUUUUUUUUUGACGGAGGGAGUACCAUCCAUGCCAAAAACUUAAAAAAUUACAAAGAAUGUACUUGAAAGUACUACUUACCAGUACUACUUUGUUUAUUGUGCCAAAGAUGCUUUUUCAAACUUCAUAGUUGUACUGCUUACUCUUUCUUAAUUUAUGCUAUUUUAGGCAAUAAUACCUUAUAUACCUGGACGGAGGGAGUAAUAUAUAUUGUUGUUACUUGUAGAGACUUCGAUCAAAGAUCAAUGACAAAGCUGUUAACAAAUUGUAUAAUGUGCUCUCUCUCUCUCUCUCUGUGUAUUUCACUGGUUUUAUUGAAUAUAUUUGCUGCCGUUAGUUGGGGUAAAUUAGAGAUGACAAUGGGCCCCGAAACCCGGAACCCGACGGGUAAUUACUCUAUUAGGGGCUGUUUGUGGUUCAGUUUUUGUCCCCAUGGGUCUCUUAGCGGGCAAAAGUGUCACCCGUCGGGUGGAGCGGGUGCAGGUCCGUUAUCUUGCCCCCGUACCCGUUAACCCAUGGGGCUGAUAUGCAGUUCUUGUUUAAUAGGUGGCCCAUCAGAAUUUCGUUUCACAUGCAUUGUUUGGCCCAAGGCCCAUGCGGAGAAGAGCUCUCCAGUAAAAAUCAACGCAACCCUAAUCUCAUUCCUAAGUCCUGACCAGCCGCCUCCCUUCCUCGUUUCUCCUCUUUCCUCUCUCAUCUCGCUGUAGUCCACACGCGGACAUGCCGCCGCCGCCUCUGCACUGCGCCGCCUGCCUGCCUGCCGCGACCCCAUUUUGUCCGCCAUCCGUGCUGCACCUGCGCCUCGAUGCCAGCCAAUAGAUCGACGACCGGCGGCCCCAGGCGCACUGCGUGCUCGACCACGCCGCUUCCUCUUGUUCUGCGCUGCUCGGCUUGCUGUCGUGGUUGUUGCUGUUGUGUGUGGAGACCCGGUGGGUGCCCCGUACCCGUUGCGGGGACGGGGACGGGGACGGGGGAAAUCUACACUCGUGUGCGGGGAUGGGGAGGGUGGCGUUCGAUUUUUUCUGCUGCGGGGGUGGGUACGGGGUGGUCGCACCCGACGGGCGCAGCCCCGUUGCCAUCCCUAACCAUGAGCGAUGGCCACAUCGUCCAGGUGCGCUACGGUGACACAGGUGCGGGAUUGGGGAGGAGGAGCGGGUGGUCGUGGCGGAGCCACCCUGGAUGCAGCGAGGUGGCACCUGCUCAUGUUGUACACCGACCUAGCACCAUGGUUCAAGUACGCCACCGUGUGCGCCCACGAGCUCAGCUCCUGGUGCCACCUCUCUCACUCGCCUCGACGGGACAGGUGCAUCCAUUGUCGCCACAGACGACGCCGACGAUGCGAGAGAAGAGGAAGGGAGAGAAGAUGGCAAAGAGAGAGGGUAACCGACUCACUGACAUGUGAGUUCCACAAUAUUUCUGAAUUUUGUCAGCACCACGUUAGCAGAAACCGUCAUCCAAAUCGACUUGGGAAGGGUGUGUCAUAUCUAGUUCUACGGUGCAAGAUGAAUUUUAGACUCAACAAUUGAGGGACCUAAGUGAACUUAUUCCUUUCCACUGCAGUUGCUAACUUGCUAUCAUGUAUAGUUAGUUGAACUAGCUAGCACUGUUGCGCCACGGGUGCCUUUGCGGUACUAGGCUGCGAAUGGAUUUACGGGCCUGUUCACUUUGAUGCGAAAAAAACCUUACCAAAUUUUGGUAAAGUUACCAAAAAAAAAUAGCUAUAUUUAGUUUGCUGCCAAAUUUU